AUGCAAAGAGUCUGCUACACCCAGUGUGUGAGGAGACUUUGUGGUCCAGCACAAUCGUCCCGGCUUCUUAAAGUGAGAAACAUUCACAGAUCUUUACGGCAACUGCGACACAAUACGGUAAUGGAGGACAACAAACCAUGGGCUCUGAUCUCAGAGGUGGGCGGACAAGGUUACAUUGAAGAGGUCAUGGACAUACUGAAGCAACACUUUCACAUCAUCUGUCACAAAGACUUCCUUCAAAACUCUGCGGUGCAGGGGCCAAAAAUCCAGGCCAUGUUAAUGUGGAACACCUUCCCUGCAGCCGAGCCCUCGCUGCUUCGCUUGCUCCCCUCGCUGAAGGUGGUCUCCAAUGGCGGAGUGGGCAUCGACCACUUGGAUCUGCCGUACAUCAGCAGCCUGGGAGUAAAGGUGACCAACACACCGGAUGUAGUGAGCGAUGCCACUGCAGAUAUCGCCAUGGGUCUGCUCCUGGCGUCGGCGCGCAGGAUCGUUGAAGGUCACCAACUAGCCGUCGACCCCAACAUGACUUAUUUAUCGCAAAGCCUGAUGGGAGUUGAAGUCACAGGGUCGACUAUGGGGAUUAUUGGAAUGGGACGCAUUGGCUGCAAAAUUGCUCAAAGAGGCAAAGGAUUUGACAUGAGAAUCCUGUAUCACAACAGGACCAGGAGGAGUGUUGAAGAUGAGCGGGCGGUUGGUGCGAGUUACCGGGAGAAGGUGGACGACCUGCUGAAAGAGUCUGACUUUGUCAUGCUGGCGGUCAACCUGACACCUGAAACCACAGCGCUGAUCAGCCACAGAGAGCUGUCCCUCAUGAAACCCACGGCAACGCUGGUCAACAUCAGCAGAGGUCCGGUGGUGGACCAGGACGCUUUAGUCAAAGCUUUGCGGUCUGGAACAAUUCGUGCAGCGGCAUUAGAUGUGACUCACCCUGAACCAUUACCAAGGGAUCAUCCUCUACUCAGCCUUUCCAAUGUGCUGAUCACCCCCCACGUUGGCACCAACACGUACACUACAACACGAAAGAUGGUGCAGAAGAUGGUCGACAAUGCUUUGGCUGCACUGAAUGGUCAAUCUAUUCCUAAUGAAGUCAAACCAAAAUGAUGGUCAUCUACAGAUGGUCUCCGCCUGUCUGUAGCUGGAAGAGUUUUCCCAAUGCAGGACAAACACCAUUCUUAGAGUAACAACGUUUAAUAUGAUUUGUCGGUAAACGUUGGGUACAAAACGAUAUGACUGCUUGAUUAUAUUAAUUAUUAUAGGUAUAGUGGUAAAACGUAUGUAGGCUGCAUGACUGUUACCGCAAUUAUCAUUUCACAUACCCCCAAAAUUGUUUCAUUGUUCAAAUUUCCAUACAUCUUGGAUUAAUACAUUUUAGUGUUUCAUAUUAGUCCAUUCUUUCACAACAAAGAGGUUUAACAUGAUCUUAUUCCUAUUCCAGAUUUUGCUGGAAUCUAUGAUGUAUGCACAUGCUUUGGCAUUAAAUUAGAUUACUGCCCGUGUGUAUUCAUGUAAUAAACUACACUUAAUCCUUUUUUAUAUUCUACUACUACAAGUAUAUGCUAAUUAACUCCUUUUCUUCAAACAGCUCUUAACCCUUUUCACUCUGCGCUGUUUUUGGGCCUCAGCUCCGAAAUGGCAUUCCCAUAAUAAAGAGGGGUAUUUCUCUGCAACUACAAGGUCUUUCUGGAAAAUGUUUGUUGUCAGGAUAAAGGGGAACACAUCAGUAUAUAUGUUACUGGUUAAGAAAUAAAAGAAGAUGGCACAGAG